CUGACUUUGGUUCCCGGAGCCCUGGAAGUGCCGGUUCCCCGAUGGCAGUGAAAUUCAGCGAUUAUUUCGAAGCCCCGGGAGGGCAGCGGGCUCUGCCCCAGGGGCGGGGCGGGGCUAGGCCCUGUUGCCACCCUCGCCCUUCCGCUUCCGGGCCACGAGGGGCCGGAAGGGCCAGCCUCUUCCGGCGGCCGGGAGCGGGUGAGGCCGGGGACCGGCGGGGGCCGCCCCCAACGGGGGCUCCGGAGCCGGGGCUGCCCGCGGCUGGGGGGCGGCGGCCGGCAUCUUCCCCUGGGUUCGCUGGGGCCGGGGAGGGGGGGCGGCGGGGCCCGGCCCGACGGGGCGCAAGGCCGGUGGGUCCCGGCGCUGGCCGGCCGUCGCCGUAACGGCCUCCCGCGAGGGGCGGUUUGGACGCCGAGCGGGCGGCGAGCGCCCCGCUGGCCGGUCCUCCCCCGGUCAUCGGUGCUUCGCGCUCCCGAGCCCUCUUAAGUGUCGGUCGGUGUUUGGGAGUGGUUUUUAAACACUGUUUGCUCUUGCUGUGCGUUUGCGGGGACCUAGCCGACGUGCAGCGCGGUGGAUGAGCAGGCAGGUGUCCAGCCAUGGCCUAUCAGCUGUACAGGAACACCACGCUGGGGAACAGUCUCCAGGAGAGUCUGGAUGAGCUGAUACAGUCACAGCAAAUCACACCUCAGCUGGCCCUUCAGGUGCUACUUCAGUUUGACAAAGCUAUAAAUUCGGCACUGGCACAACGAGUCAGGAACAGAGUCAAUUUCAGGGGGUCUCUGAAUACAUACCGAUUCUGUGACAACGUAUGGACAUUCGUACUGAAUGAUGUUGAAUUUAGGGAGGUCACUGAACUUGUGAAAGUGGAUAAAGUGAAAAUUGUAGCAUGUGAUGGAAAAAACACUGGUUCCAAUACUGCAGAAUGAAUAGAACUGUGGUUUGUCUGCAAUAUUUUCUGUUAAUAUGCAGCACUUUCUGGAGAAAAGCACGGAAAGGACUGUGUUCAUACUUAAUUCUUGUGAUGCGGAUGUGAGUUAAUCCAUACAAGAAAGCGUCACAAACAACAGCGGAAGAAAUAACUGUAGCAUUUCUUCAGUUCACCUUACAGGGCAUGAAUACAAGUUACUUUUUUUUUUUUAACUACAAAAGAUACUGUUGCCUUUUUUUGUUCAAAAUAAUUUCUUUAAUAAACUUUUAUUUAAAAACUUGUGAAAACUUUGUUUAAAACAAUCAUUAAUAUAAUACGUUUCCCAAUGUUGUUAAAAUAUGUUUAGAGUAAUGUGGCAAAUGCACAGCUCUUUCAGCUACAGGUUUCUGAGUAUGGUUGCACUGAUUAGUAUUGCAAGAAAUGGCUGUUUUAGAAUGAGGGAGGUGUCCAUGACCAAAAACUUAGCAACUCAUGCUGGACAGUGUCGUUUUCUGUUUGUUACUGCAUCUUUCUCUCUAUAAAUUUGUCUGUCUGGUAGCCUCUGCUAAUAAUACACUAACCCAAGUAUUAAAGUUAUUGCACAUCUAAUCAAAUUGAAAUAAUGAAACUGAGUCUCAUAAGAUUGCACUACAUCUCAACAAAUGUUAGUGCUGCUUGUUUUAAUGUUUUUCUAUUUGUUUUUUGCAUUUAUGUUGGACGCCUGGGCAACAGGAUUUCAGUGAAAGAGUAGAACUAUGAAUGUUGAGAGAUCAAAUCAAAAACUUUGUUCCUUUUAGACUUGCACAUUCCACUAAAUAACUCCAAUCAAGAAACCCUUAAAAUAGUUUCUUCACUAGAAGUAUGAAUAUAAUAUACUGACAGCUCAUUUUUCUGACUUAACAGCAGUGACUGUUGGAGUGUGGUCAUAGAAAUGCUGGCUGCCUCAGCUGUGUCAAAUUAUUUAUUUUUGACGAGGGGCUACUUACAGAUCACUAGAAACUGGAAACCGUAUGGAAGAAAAGUUGCGGGUAACUGACUUCAGAUCAAUGUAAACCUUUAGUUUGUGCUGAAAUGAACAUAAUUUACAUGUUGAAACCUUUCUUUAUGUGUCAGUGGCCCAGUCUAUUAAAGUAAUAAAGCUUUAGUAUCUCUUCUAA